CUCGCGCCGCUGGAGGCAUGCAGGGCGCGCUGCAAUAGUUGUGCUGCGGUCAGAUACACGCAGGACGACACCAUGGGCAUGGCGAGUGAGGAUCUGCUAGUGACUCUCCAGAUACUGCCCGGCUUCUUCUCCAACUGUCUGUUCCUCGCGCUCUAUGACUCCGUGGUGCUGGUGAAGCGUGCGGUCUCGCUGCUCAGCUGCUCGCGCCCAGCGGGCUCCGGAGAGUGGCCCCGCAUGCUGACCUCCGCGGGGCUGCGCUCUAUCUGGAACAGCUUCCUGCUGGAUGCAUACAAACAGGUGAAACUUGGCUGCGAGGCACCCAACUCCAAAGUGGUGAAGGUCCCGGAUGGCCUCAGGUGGAGCUGCAGUCUCAGGGACAAGGCAGAUGUGUCAGCUGGUGCCAUGGCGGGAACUGGAGAUGAGUGCAACCUUCUGGAUUUUGAGUCGUCAGAUCGCCCUCUGGUGGUCAACUUUGGCUCAGCCACCUGACCCCCCUUCAUGAGCCACCUGCCAGCUUUCCGGCAGUUGGUGGAGGACUUCAGUGAGGUAGCUGACUUCCUGUUAGUGUACAUUGAUGAAGCUCACCCGUCUGAUGGUUGGGUGGCCCCUCCUAUGGGGUCCUGCACGUUCAAUGUCCAGAAACACCAGAACCUGGAGGAACGGCUGGGAGCCGCACGCAAACUAAUCGAGCAGUUUUCACUGCCCCCCCAGUGUCAGCUGGUGGCAGACUGCAUGGACAACAAUGCUAAUGUUGCUUAUGGUGUGUCCAAUGAGAGGGUGUGUAUAGUGCAACAGAGAAAGAUUGCCUACCUUGGCGGUAAGGGGCCUUUUUUUUACAAUCUAAAGGAUGUGAAGCACUGGCUGGAACAGAGCUAUGGUAAACGGUAGGAGCUAUCAGACAUGCACAGAGGAUAUAUUUCCAUAAGAGACCAGGGCGUUUUGUAGACUAACAAAAGACUAAAUAAAAAAGUGCAUUAUUGUGACAUCAUCUGCAACAAGGCUAUAAUUCAUUCAGUUCCAGAAUUGUGGCUUAUUUUUGAAAUCAGUCCAACUUUUUGCACACCCACCCACUUAACCUGGGAUGAACACACACCUUUGCUAAACCUUCACUUAACCUAGGCAAUACGUUGAUUCAGGGCAAUGUAUUACGACAGUUUAUAUGAUUCAUCUGUAUUUCUGCCCGCCUUCACUUCUAAAAUCAUGUGUAGUGAGUUCUGUUUAGAAAAAUAAAGGGCAGAAAUCUCAAGUUUUUAUACGUUUUAUAAAGUUGGAGUUUAUGUUAUUGAGUGGAGAUGUUAUGUUUGUAUUUACUGUCAACAACUUAAUUGAAUGAUUUAUUUGAUCAACCCUACUUCCUCUAAGGAUAAAUGUUCAUAAGUACAUACUGCGUUGUUCACCAACUAAAUGCUCUGUAGUGUCCUCAACCCGAACAAGAGUUUGUUUUCACUCUGUCGAAUCAGAGUAGAUUCCAUUUGGCUUUUUUGACACUGAUCCACACAAAUAAAACAGUGUUAAACUGAAAACAAAUCUUUCUGAUGUAAUAUAGAUAUCAAUAUUUCAUCCCCUCAGUCAGUAUUUAUUAAAUGCACCUUUGGAAAACUUGAGUCAGUGUGGACAGGUCUUGGUAGGUUAUGCUUUGCACAUCUGGACACUAAUGGUGCUGAGGUUCUGUCAGGUUUUAUGGAGAUCAUGAGUGAACAUUCGUUUGAAGUCGAGCCACACAUUUAUGGGAUCUGACUCAGCACUGCAACACUGUUAUAUUGUCGUUUUUAAGAUAUUCAGAUGUAGGUUUGGCUGCAUUGUCUCUUGAAAAACCAUCUUCUUCCAAGGUUUUCCUUCCAAGAUACUUCUAUGGAGAAUUAAUUUGACCUUUUGCCCUCCACAGCCUGCUGAGGAGUACCGACCCAUACCAUUCCACAUGUCUUUCAUGAUAUGACUCUAUGACUCUAAUGGACAAAAAGCUCAAUUUUGGUCUCACAGAACCUUCUUCCAGUUCAGUUUGGAGCUUCCCACUUGCAUUUUGGCAAACUGUAGACCAGAUGUGACUUUUCGAAGAGGAGUUUUUUCUUCGCCCGUCUUCGAGAGAGCUGCACUCUACUCAGGGAACGGCUUGAUUCAGGAAGAUUUAAAGCUCUUCCAUAAUCUCUCUACUUUCUAAAAUUAUAUCCAUUAGCAUUACUAAUCAGCGGUGAAUAGAAUCACAAAUGCAUCACUUCUAAUCAAAAUCUAACGUCCUGCCAUUGAGCAUUUUAAAUGUGCGAUGGUCAAAAUUGCUGAGUUUAUUAUCCCUCUAUAAUGAAGUAACAAGAUCAAUCUGAACAUGCAUGGUUUUGUAUUUGUCAUGCUGCUUUCAUGUGUUUUGUAAGCAUGAAUUAGAGUUAUGCAUGGAUUUGGUGUCAGAUCGGUAAUUCUGGAGGUGUUUGGAGGGAUUUUGUCUUCAUUGUGAAGUCACAGUACUAAUCAAUGUCGUCCUAGAACACAUUAAAACACCAGUGAUGAUUGAAGUGUCUCCUAUGAAGUUGGCUGAAACAGUUCCUCCCCUGCAUGCAUUAUACUACAGUGCAUUGAUUCAAAAACACAGAACAGCAUUAUGUUAUUAACCUAACUUUGUACACUUUAUUCUUUUGAUCUUUAGUAAGGAUCUUUUUUUUUAUUGCAUCAGAAAAUUAGCAUUAGCUUGUUUCUUUACACACUUCACACAGUGUAGAAAAAUAUGUAGCUAGCAUUAAAUCCCUGAGAUUGUAUUGGCAGGGUGGUUAUUAUUACCACUGACACAUUUCAUGUUAGAUGCAUUUCCUGGAUCAAACAUUUAUAUCCAGAAUACAUGCAUGGAUUUAAAAUGAAUGUACUGUCAUGCUGUAUUAAGUUGUUCUUUAGGGUUCAGACAUUAUUCAAAACAUCCUCACAUGCUUGGAGAGUGGUUCUUGAUGUCUGCACUUUCCUUAGACAUACAUAGACCAGGACUUUAUCCAGAGACGAGAGCUUUGAACAUUAUUUUACCCCGACUCAGGUCUUCUGUGGGCUCGAGGUUAUAAAGUGACCUAUAUGUCAUGUUUUAUAAAGAAUGGACCAUAUAGAUGCAUUAGACUUUCAAUAGUGUCAUGUUAAAGAGAUAGGGUUUGAGUUCUAUAGGAUAAACAGAUGGUUUGUUCUGCUCGCAGUGACAGAGGUGUGCUGAUGAAAACCUCGGACGAAAGAGUCCCUGACUCGGUCUCUGGUUGGAUAGUGAACUGCACCUGGUCAACAUCACAGAACCAUUGCAUCUGUUUCGUUGUUAACUUAACUCAUGUAGACAACUGUCUUUCUUGUCACCUGCUGCACUUUUUCAUUUUUUAAGUGCAAUGUUUUAUGUGUCUAAUAAGAAGAAAAGGAAAAUAAAUAAAUUGGAAAAUAAAGCUACUGAAACUGC